GUAUCGUAUUCGCGCGUAAACAGAAAAUAUUGUAGCGCAGCUUGAACACCAAUCAUCUAAACAGCGCGAUAGUAUAUUGUAUUAGAAUUCACCACCUUGAUAUUAAAACAUGUUUAACUUAAAUUGUAUUGUUUUGAAUUCAAUUUGUUUAUUGAAUUUUGUGCUUGUCGUUUUGACAUAAUGCUAGGAAAGAUAAUUGUAAGACGUCUGCAUGUUGAAGACAGAAAUAUUUAUACGUACAAGUAUUCGAAAUUUCUGUAGAUCAUAUUAUUCCUCAAGAUAAAGCAACUUUUGUUGUUAUAAAGAUGGAAAAUUUUCAUGAAACUAAAGGUGUGUUCAAUGGUCAGCUGAUGUCUCCUGAUCGAAGAGUUCUUGGUAACAUACAGAAUAAAUUUGCAAGUGAUGCAAUGUCACCCACUACAAAUUUGAAACUUCUUACUGAAGUAGCCAGUGAUUUAGAGAAGCAAAGAUAUGAAACAGAUCCAUCCAAAGGGAAGUCGCAUGCAAAAUGCAAGACAUCUUCAAAAUUCAAUACAGAACGGAAACUGAAAUCGCUAACACUUUUGUGUGAAAAGUUUCUUCAGAUUUUUCCAUUAAAUGUUUCCCCAAAUGAAAAUAUUGUCAUUUCGCUCGACAAUGUUGCGGGGAUGCUGGGGACAGAGAGACGCAGGCUGUAUGACAUCAUCAACAUGCUGGAGUGUUUGCAAAUGGCUCAGAAGGUAGCCAAGAACCGCUAUAGGUGGUUCGGUUGCCAGAAACUUCAUGUAACGCUCGCACAUCUUAAAUGUUUGGCAAUGAAACUUGGACUUCAACAACAGGUGCACGACAUGCAGACCGCGAAUAAUCUUGAAGCUCUAGACAGGUGUAGCGAACACGAGCCCCUCUCGUCCGUCGAACCUGCCGCGACGCCGCAGGGCAAAGCAGACGCGCCGAUCGUCCAGUUCAUCAUCACCGACGAAGACGCGGACGGUGAUGGCAGCAUCACCACACUGAACUUGGACAUUGUGAAGAAAAGGUUCGAACCGGUUGUGGCUCCGAGCGGCAGGGCGGACACUUCCGUCGCGGAUGAAACCCCAGACUUGGCACCGUCUGAGUUCAUGAAGAUGCUGCCAAAGAUCAAGUCACUGGGGAUGCUCUGCCAGAGCUUCCUAAUGAUUUUCCUGGUUGCAAACAAGUCCUAUCCAAUAACCCUUGAUAACAUUUCUAGAAUACUACAUUUGCCAGUUUCAUGCGAAGGGGAGGCUGAUAGUGGAUCGUGCAUGGCGGAUGCUUGUCCAAGAGAGAGGGCAAUUUCAUUCAAAACUAAGCUUCGCCGUCUCUAUGACAUUGCUAACGUUAUGUCAUCGCUGCACAUAAUAUGCAAAAUCAAACGGUACGAGCUUCUGACCAAAAAGCCCUUGUUUAAGUACAUUGGCCCAGUUGUAGACGUCGGGGAUAUUUUGCAAUCAGAAGAACUAAAUUUUUCAAAUUUGCCUCGUCAUUCUCUGCUCGGAAGUGAAGCACUGGACAGAGAGAGUGAGACGGUGCUGGAACUGAGACUCCAGGCGGGAGGUCACCCGCAGUGGGUUGUGUCUGCUCGAUCUGUCGGCAGAAGCACCCAGAAGAGGAAACUACUCUUUCGCAAUUCAGAAACAACUCCAAAACUGCUGCGCACAAAAAGCAGUGAUGUACUGUGCAGAAAGAAGAAAGCUAUUGAUUCCAGACACGAAAAGACCAAGUCAUCGUUGGAUGGAAUAUUGAACAUUGCGGAGAUGGAACUGCGCAGGUUGCAGUCUCUGGAAGGCGAGUGCUUGUCAGGAGCUCCGGAGAAGAUGCGAGACGCCAGGGAGGAGCAGCCCACGGCCGCGAGGCGACGGCUGUUUGCCAGACACCAUUCCGAUCCUUGCAUCAACACCGGUCACAGCGCGGGCGGGAGCGUGCUUCUGGAGUCGCGAGACUCCCCGAACGACCAGCAGGUGGCGAGCUCCACGUCUAGCAGCGAUCAGAUCGGUCACGACGCACGGCAGGAAGAUGGUGCGGCGGCGCCUGCGACAUGCGACGAUACCGACCCCGUCGUGAUGAUUAAGUGCGCGGGAUUCGGCGGCCAGCAAUUGGAGCAAAGGACGGACGAGACGGCGAAACAGCCUGCUCCGUUUCCCGCCCGUUCGGGCCAAAAGCUGAACAUAGUCAGGAGAUUGGGGAAGUUAUCGGGUGAUUCGUUGCCGCGCAGACCGAUAGUGGUCAAAACGUACACCUGCCGACGGGUGAAAGUCCUGUCGGCGUGCUCGCCAGAGAUGCUGCUUGCGAAGCCUGCGGAGCCCGGACCCGUGAACGAAACCAGCUCCUCCUCGACUGUCCUGGAAACGAUACCUCAGGAGGGGUUCGCGAAACCGGGAAGCACUGUGGCCAACUUAAACCGCAUGGUAAUGUUUAAGGAUGUGGAGUAUUCAAAGCUGCCAAAAUUAAAGCUGGUUAAAAUAGGAAACAUUACUAAACUCGUUCCUUUAUGCAAUAGUAAUGGGAAACAUCAAUGACAAAGUCUGCUUUCUUUUAUUUUCAAGAUACUAAUGAGUUACACAUUUUGUGUAUGAUCUCUAUGUUAUUGGCCUACAGUAUUUGUACACAGCCCAACUUCAGAGAAAUUUAAGUGUGCAAGUACUUUGCAAUAAACGUUGCAAUAUUUUGAGGGGUUCAGUCUCCAUAAAACAGUAUGUUUCACAUUGUUGUCAUUGUCACAGAGGUAUAUUUAAUACAUAUGAAAUAUAUUUUAGAAUUAUUGAGAGUGAAAUGUGACAUAAAACCAGAUAUUUUAAUAUUGUUAAAUAUUUCAAUAUUAUUCUUAUCCUAUCUAUAUUUUCAAUAAAAUUGCAUGUAUAACUUUUUCAAAUGUAUAAACAUUACAAAUUACACAUAUUAGUUUUAUUUUUGAUAAAUAGAGUUUAUAAACUAAAUAGGGUGACCACCUUUGUUUUAAUUUUAUUGAUUAAUUGUGUAAUUUUUGUUUGUAAACUUUUUGCAUGCAAUGCUUAAUAAUUCUGUACCUUCAUCACAUAAAUGUGCAUUUACUCAUUGCUCAUCUUUAUAAAAUUGGUUCUCUCUGGUUCAUCUUUCAAAUUUAUUUUAUUAAUUCGAACUUAAAAUUAAUUUUGAAAUUUCGGUGUAACUAACAAGCCAGCAAAACUGUAUGUGUGUACAUUGUAACCAGUUUAUAGUGUCAUUCCAUAAUAUAAAGAUGCACUUAAAAACAUUUUUGUUAAUGAAAAUCAGUUUCCAUGGUAACUCAAAGUUCUUGGCUCAUUUAAUCACGCUGGUCAGAAAAAAGUUUUCAACUUUUCUUGACAAGUAUCAUUACAUGGUCAUGUAAACAUUUUAUUGAUCACUAGCUAAACCUGGCCACGCUUCACUGUGGCUCAGUCCUAAAAUGAAAUGAAUAGUAAAGUAAAUCAAAGUACUCUAGCGAACUUAGAUUCACAGAGGAAACACAUAAUUGAAUUUAAUACACUGCUUUGCAUUGCUGUAGGUAUGGUUUGGAAGGAAAGGAAAGGAAGAAAUUUUUUUUUUUUUUUCACUUAAAAUCAUUUUUUAUUUUAAAGCUAGUGGAUGGACUACAUUUUUUGUUUGUCCAUUUUCUGCAUAAACAUAAAGAUCAGAUUGUUUAUCGAGUCUUGAGUGCGAUGUUAAUUACCUAAGAUAGAAGCAUUCGUUUUCUAAAUUCAAUCCGCACACUGGCAAAGAUUGCCCUUGCGCUUAAAUGAUAGUCAUAGGUCAUAGCGAAUGCAAGCAGUGGCGUCUCGUCAGGGCAAGCAAGGCAAGCAGUGCUUGCCCAGGCAGUUUCCAGACAUUGUAUUUUUUAAAUAAAUAUUUUAUUCAGAAUAGUAUUUUACUUUGGCUCGUGCAGUUAGGUGUAUGUAUUUUUUACACUAUCUUCUUGGGACCCAAUACUGUGCGCUGUGCGCUAUAAAAAAAGAACUCGUUGACACAAAAACAUGCUGUUUUAGAAGCGUUGCUAGGUUUAGAAGCGCUGGCAGGACCGCUUUCAGCAGGAAGGCUGCCGCAGUAGUUUCCUUUCGGGAGGGGGGGUGGCAUGGUACAAAGUUUCAGGAAGGGGAUUGGCUGGAAAAAUACGCGGUAGAAGCUACGAAGGUAACGCUUUCUUGCCGAACUGGAGCGAACAUGGCCGAAGCAGACUGUGGAAUUUUUCCGCCGACUGCUUCGGCUAUGUCCGCCACAGUUCGGCAGGGCAGGUGGCGAUGUCGCGUUUCAGUCGGCGGUCGUCUCUCGGGGCGCGCGCAUCUCUCCCGCGGGCUGUUGGCUGGCAGUGCGUGGGGGAUUUGUGGGCGUACGAUGAUACUCCACUCCCACUUAGUAUAUAAGUAAUGUAGAGUAGGUAUUUUACUAUCAGAAUAAUGUAAGUCAAUCAUUAUUUUUCAAAAAUAAUGUAUUUAAAAAAAAUGUCAAUUUUUCUACCUGUGGAAUAGUCAAUGUUCAGUUAAGAAAACUACUUAAAUAGCACCAUUUUGUACCUUGAAAUCCAUAUUUUC